AUGUUAGUCCUACUGUAGUCUGUGAAAAGAAGCAUUUCCCUCCUACAAUACAAGGCAGGCAGAACCGCCGUUAUGGUGUGACCAACGUGAAGACCGGAAGUACCGGUGGACGGUCCUGUCCUAAACAAAACCCUAAAACCUCUCUCUCUCUCUCUCUCUCUUUCACUCCACUAUGGCAUCUCCUUCUCUAAUCCCGGUUUCCGGGGUUUCUAGUGAACAUCAUGGUACAAGAAAAAACAUGUCAUUUAGUAAUUCCUGUGGCUUGGACGUUGAUGUGGGAAUGAGUUCAGAAGUUGUAUCUCAGUACAAGAAAAGAAGGAUGUCUCAAAACACUGAUUUUUUGUCGUGUGAGGUUUCUAGAGAUAUUGAAGCUAUGUUACCUACUUUGAGGUCGGCUGAUUAUUAUAUGAAGCCCUGCUUGAAGGAGUUGGCUACUCGGGAGCUUAUGGACCCCGGUUAUUGUAGCCGAGUUCUGGAUUUCACAAUUGGGAGGGUUGGUUAUGGAUCGGUCAAAUAUCUUGGGGAGACUGAUAUACGACAGUUAGAAUUAGAUGAAAUUGUGAAGUUCCGUAGGCAUGAGGUAGUUGUGUAUGAAGAUGAAAAUACCAAGCCUGUGCUUGGACAGGGGCUUAACAAGGCUGCUGAGGUGACUUUGGUGCUUCAAGUAAGAUCACUGGAUUUGGAGAAGGGAAAACUAAAGAUGAUUGUGGAUAAGUUAAGAAUGAGUGUGGAGAGACAAGGGGCUCGCUUCAUUUCGUUUGACCCAGCAGGUGGUGAAUGGAAAUUCUCAGUUCAACAUUUCAGCAGAUUUGGAUUGAGUGACGAUGAAGAAGAAGAUAUUGUAAUGGAUGAUGCUACUGUAGUUCAAAAUCCUGUUGGGAAGAAUGAUGGUGAGAUUUAUGAUCUUGAUGAUGAAACCCAGGUAGACACCACUGGUGUUCUGCUUUCUCACUCUCUUCCUGCUCAUCUUGGGCUUGAUCCUGUAAGGAUGAGAGAAAUGAAAAUGUUGAUGUUUCCUGAUGAGGAAGGGGAGGCAGAGGAUUUUGAUGAUGAAAUACCUACACAUAAGAAGCCAUCUUUUGGUAAAGAAUACAUAAGACCUCCUUUACACAGUUCUGCUCAGAGGAUGAGCCAUAGAUCUAGUCCUCCAGUUGCUCGAAAAACCCCGUUAGCACUGCUCGAGUACAACCAUGGUAGUUCUGACUCAAACCCUCCUGGGGCCAUUCUGAUGGCCCAACAAAAUAAGGGUCUCUCACUGAAGCCAAUGAAACCUGAAGGUUCAGGUUUUAAGCUAGACCUCAAGCAAGAAACACCAGUAACUAGAAGCCAUUCUUGCAACAUAGUUGAUGCAGGAUUGUUCAUGGGUAGGUCAUUUCGAGUUGGGUGGGGCCCAAAUGGGGUCCUUGUUCACACUGGUGUACCAGUAGCCAGUAACAAUUCUCAGAGGGUGUUAUCCUCUGUAAUCAAUUUAGAGAAGGUUGCUAUCGAUAAAGUUGUUAGAGAUGAAAAUAAUAAAGUCAGAGAGGAACUUGUUGACUUGGCUUUUGAUUCUCCAUUAAAUCUCCACAAGGAGAUAAAUCAUGUAACAGAAGAAGUUGAAGUUGGGUCCUUCAAGCUGAGGCUUCAAAAACUUGUCUCAGAUCGCAUCAUGCUUUCAGAGAUUUGCAGGAGUUAUGGAGAUAUUGUUGAGAGGAGGUUGGAGGUUCCUGGGCUAUCCUCCUCUACCCGUGUAGUUUUGUCUCACCAAGUAAUGAUAUGGGAAUUGAUAAAAGUUCUUUUUUCUGAUAGGGAAAGUAGUGCACAAUUGAAGUCCUUGGGUGCUGACAAUGAGGAAGACAUGAUGCAGGAUAUAAAGGAAGCUUCUUCAGAAGUUGACCCAGAAGCACUCCCUCUUAUUCGAAGAGCAGAGUUCAGCUUAUGGUUGCAAGAAAGUGUUUGUCCUCGUGUGCAAGAUACAAUAAGCUCAGUGAAUGAAUCAAAUUAUUUAGAACAUAUAUUCAUACUCUUGACUGGGCGGCAGCUUGAUGCAGCAGUGGAGCUGGCUGCUUCUAGAGGAGAUGUGAGAUUGGCUUGUUUAUUAAGUCAGGCUGGUGGGUCCAUGGUGAAUCGUGCUGAUGUUGCACAGCAGCUUGAUCUUUGGAAAAUCAAUAGGCUGGAUUUCAGUUUCAUUGAGAAGGACCGGUUAAGGCUUUAUGAAUUGCUCGCUGGUAAUAUUCAUGGUGCUUUGCAUGGCGGGAAAGUUGACUGGAAGAGGUUUCUAGGUUUAUUGAUGUGGUAUCAACUACCACCUGACACUUCCUUGCCCAUUGUUUUUCACAGUUAUCAACAUCUUGUUGAUAUUGGAAAGGCUACAUAUCCUGUUCCGGUAUACAUUGAUGAAGGACCAGUAGAAGAGGCUGUUAAAUGGAGUACAAAAGAACGUUUUGACUUCUCGUAUUAUCUUAUGCUGCUUCAUGCCAGUGAAGAGGGAGAGUUUAGCUUCUUAAAGGCUAUGUUCAGUGCCUUAUCUUCAACACAUGAUCCUCUUGAUUACCAUAUGAUCUGGCAUCAGCGUGCAGUGUUGGAAGCAAUUGGUGCUAUCACUACUAAUGAUCUUCAUGUUCUUGACAUGGGACUUGUCUCGCAGCUGUUGUGUGUGGGGAAAUGCCACUGGGCCAUCUAUGUGAUUCUUCAUAUGCCCUACCGUGAAGAUUUCCCAUAUCUGCAUGCUAAUCUUAUUCGGGAAAUCUUGUUCCAGUACUGUGAAUCAUGGAGUUCAGAAGAAUCGCAACGCCAAUUUAUUGAGAACUUGGGUGUACCAGCUGUGUGGCUUCAUGAGGCUAUGGCAGUUUACUUCAACUACUACGGGGACUUCUCAAAGGCACUUGAACAUUUUCUUCAAUGUGCACAUUGGCAAAAAGCUCAUUCUAUUUUCAUAUUGUCGGUUGCUCAUAAAUUGUUCUUGUCAGCCAAACACUCGGAGAUAUGGAGGCUUGCUACAUCUAUGGAGGACCACAAGUCAGAAAUUGAAAAUUGGGACUUGGGAGCUGGAAUUUAUAUUUCAUUCUAUCUAUUGAGAAGUUCAUUUGAGGAAGAUAAUGUUUCCAUGAGUGAACUGGAUUCUAUUGAGAGCAAAAAUGCUGCUUGUAGAGACUUUCUUGGUCGGUUAAAUGAGUCUUUGGCAGUUUUGGGUGGCAAAUUACAAGUUGAUGCAAGAAUAGCUUAUUCAAAAAUGGCAGAGGAAGUUUGUGGUUUGCUUCUUUCUGACAUUGGAGAAGGCUCAACAUGUGAUGAUCAGUUAAGCUGCUUUGACACUUCUUUCAGUGCUCCUAUUCCUGAGGACCUACGCUCAAGUUAUUUGCAGGGUGCAGUAUCUGUUUUUACAUGCUUUCUUUCAGAGGUGGCUACAUAGGUUUUACAUUUUUUACGGCAUGUGAAGUAUUUGUGGUUGAGGUGUGAUAUGAAGGUUGAGUGUUUUGUUGUUAACUGCCCAUUUGUAUUCUUAAAAGAAAAUUGCGCUAAAGCUCUCCAACCAAAAAAAAAUUAUCUCCCACACCACCCACCCCCCCCCCCCCCUCCUUAUGAUCCUGAAUUUAUUUGCUAUCUGCCUUUUUUGAAUUGUAGGCUGUAGUAUUCUGUAGCAUUGGUGGAUGGACUUUGAGAUGUAUCAGCUAGGGAUUUUUUUUUUUAUAAGAGCUAGGGAUUUUUUUGGUAUGAAAAGAUGCAUUUACACCCUGAA